AUGAAAGACACGAUUUCUCUUGAAUGCUGGGUAGUAUUGAUUGUAUGCAUUGGAAGUGGAAGAAUUGUCCAACUACCUGGCAAGAAGCAGUUGCUUCACAAGAUCUCUGGAUAUGGCAUGCCUUUUUUGGUUUAUCACGAUUCCUUUCCUUUAUUCAAUGAACUUGUAGAAGAUUGUGCUCCUCCAAUCAACUACACAAUUAAUGGAAACAAUUAUUCGAUUGGAUAUUAUCUUGCUGAUGAAUUUACUCGCAAAGAUGUUGAGCGAGCAUUUGGGGUACUUCAAUCUCGUUUUGCUAUCGUGCAUGGAUCGACACUUUAUUGGGAGACUGAUACUUUGUCAGAUAUUAUGAUUGCAUGUGUAAUACUACACAAUAUGAUUGUUGAGGAUGAGAGAGAUAAUUAUAGUAUCCAUUUCAAUUAUGAUACAAUUGAAGGAUACACAACACCAAAUGUUUCACAUAUACUCAUCCCAAACACUCUGGAGUACUUUCAUACAUAUUAUCAUAUGAGAGAUAGACAAGGUCAUUCUCAGUUGCAAACGGAUCUCAGUGAACAUCUAUGGCAACUCUAUGGUGGAGAUUAA